AUGGCGCGCAAUGCAGAAAAAGCGAUGACUGCUUUGGCCCGGUGGCGUCGAAUGAAAGAAGAAGAAGAGAAGGGUCCAGUUGCAAAGCGUCCCAAUGAUGUCAAUGAAUGUUCUUCAGUUAACGAUGCGGAACGUUAUCGUAGACAAGUCACAAUGGAAAUUUGUAAAAAGAUAACCGCCAUACAAAAUCCAGGCUUGGAAGAAUUUAAAAUCCGCGAUCUGAAUGAUGAAAUUAAUAAAUUGCUACGGGUGAAAUACGCUUGGGAGAAUAGAAUUAAGGUUCUUGGAGGACCGGAUUAUAGGCAUAACACACCUAAAGAACUCGAAAAAGACGGAAAAGAGGUUGCAGGAAAUAGGGGUUACAAAUAUUUUGGAGCAGCAAAGGAUUUGCCAGGUGUUAGAGAACUUUUCGAGAAGGCUGAACCAGAUAUUGCUAGGAAAAGUCGAAUUGAGCUAAUGAAGCGUAUUGGAAUUGAUUAUUAUGGGUAUAUGGAUAACGACGAUGGUCUUCUUCUUCCUUUGGAAGAAGAUGAAGAAGUAAGAGCACGCUCACUGAUUGAAGAGGAUUGGGAGCUCAACAGGGAUGCCUGGAAGGCGAAAAAAGCAUUCGAGGAUGAUUUGGAUAUUUAUAAGAUUGAGGACUCCGAUGAUGAACUGGAUACAAAGGAAUCGAUAUUAGUUGGUGAAGAUGGUCAGCAAACAUUCGUGCAGCACGUUGUUGUACCAUCUCAAAAAGAUAUGGAAACCCUAAUUUUAAUAAGAAAGAAAGCUCAGUUAUAUGAAAAAUUUCUUUCUAAUAUUCCCGACCAAAACAAGUCUUAA